UUGACUUCCCCCCCAUACGUCCGCGGGGCUGGCUGGCGAGGGGGACACGAUCAGUUGCAUCUCCUUCCACGAGUGUGAAGUGUGGGUUCGCAUGGAAAUGAGGGGGCGCGGGCGCCGAAUGGAAAUCACGACUGACGUGAAGAUGUGGGAGUGGGGAAGAGAGAAAGAGAAAGAGAGAGGGGGUGGCUGCAAGAGAGAAUGGGAGGGUAAGCAGCUGCUACCCAGUCAAUUUUCAAACCAGUCACUGCCUCUUGAUUAUACACACGUUUUGUGUUGCCUGGCGGAGCACAUCAACCGGACAACAAAGGACACUGCCACCAUCCUAACUGCGACAAGCCCACUGAACUCCAGUGUUUUCUUUCGCAUCUGCUUGGAAGUAGUGCAUCCGUUCAGACUGGAGGUCACAGUGACAGAAGCGUUAAUUGCUCGCGUUGACAGUACAGCCGUACUCGUCAGCUUAGGCAGCGAAAUGGAGAUGGAGCAUUUCGACGAUCGGGACAAAGGUCAGAGGCACGGCCGGUCCAACGCUAAGAUGAACGGGGUCCCUAGCCCCACGCACAGCGCCCACUGCAGCCUGUACCGGACCAGGACCCUGAAGACUCUGAGUGCCGAGAAGAGGGCCAAGAAAGUUCGCUUCUACCGCAACGGGGACCGUUACUUCAACGGGAUCGUGUACGCCAUCUCCUCGGAUAGGUUCCGGACCUUUGACGCACUGCUAGCUGACCUGACCCGCUCUUUAUCUGACAACGUCAACUUGCCCCAGGGAGUCCGGACUAUCUACACCCUGGAUGGCAAGAAGAUCGCUAGUAUUGAUCAUCUGGUUGAAGGUGAAAGCUAUGUCUGCAGCUCCAUUGAGGCCUACAAAAAGCUGGAUUACACAAAAAACGUAAACCCCAACUGGUCAGUGAAUGUCAAGGCCUCGUCCUCUUCAUCACGUGGGCCUCCGUCCCUGAGCUGUGCCAAAGCUUGUGCCUCAGACGGCCGCGAAGGCAAGGACUUCAUCCGUCCAAAGCUAGUAACGGUGGUUCGAAGUGGAGUUAAGCCCCGCAAAGCCGUGAGGAUCCUGCUGAAUAAGAAAACAGCCCACUCCUAUGAGCAGGUUCUAACUGAUAUCACUGAUGCCAUCAAGCUCGACUCUGGGGUGGUGAAGAAAAUCUACACGUUGGAAGGCAAACUGGUUGCAUGUCUGCAGGACUUCUUUGGUGAGGAGGAUAUUUUUGUAGCCUGUGGACCAGAGAAGUUCCGCUACCAUGAUGACUUGAUGUUGGAUGAGAGUGAGUGCCGCAUGAUGAAGUCGGUGACCUAUGGCAAGAUGUCAGGCUCUCUCAACCGAUGCUCUCCCAGGACUGUCAUCCAAUCACAUCGGAGCAAGUCCCCAGCUUCUGUGAACGGGACGCCGGCCAGUCAGCAGUCCACUCCUCAUUCGGGGAAAUCUCCCACCCCCUCCCCAACCAGCCCAGGCAGCCUCAGCCGACGCCAGGAAAAGGACAAAGCUGUGACUGAGAAUAGGCCAACUACAUCUUAGAGUCACUUGAACAUGAAGAAACCAGCACAUCCCAACACCUUUAGCAUCUAAGAUCAGGGUGGGGAGUGAAGCUUUGAUCUCAUCCAGUACUGCUCUGAGAAGCUUUGAAGGCAUAUACGUUUGGACACGUGUAACUAGCCGGAAAAACACUUCCGUUGCAUUUGCACAUAUGCUGACGCAUUGCUCUUUGCUCCUCGCCGAGAAUUCUAUCUGCAAGUGUUAGCGCUGCAUCACACAGCGCCAACCCUCGCUUCUAGUUAUCUCUGGUUUUAUGAGUCAGCAGAUUGUCCAGCAUCUGAUCUAAAAAUGACGAGGGCGGAUCUUGUGUCAUUUUGUAUGUGUACGCCCCUGCAAAGGGUUUAGAAAACAUUUUAUAGUAGUAAGAGUUCAUCAAUUCAUCUGUUUGUAAAGUUUCAAUUUACUGAUUAAAACAUUCAUUUGUUGGAAACACUUACUAAAGAGGAUAUGACAUAGGAUAAUAAUAGGAUUGAGGCACAAAUUGAAGGUAUAAUGCAGAGAAAGAACAUGCAACUCAAUGGAAAAAUGUUUAAUUCAAAGACAAAUUGUCCCUUCUGAUUUCAUCGCCCUGUUGUUGUGAGCUUAAAUUUUAACUUAAAUAUGUCAAGAUGAACAUUUUGGUGCAACAGUGAUAAUGGUGAGCUUUUAUUUUCUCCUUCAACAAAGCUACUGAUUUCAGCAGUACAAAUGAAGCUCAUGUAGUUUUCCCCUAACCUUGUGGCUGAAUGUUACUGCAAGUCCUUCAAUUUUAUAUUUUAAAUGUGAUUCAAAAUUUCCAGAAGAAUUAAGUUUUUGGAUUAGUUUCUGUCUUGACCAAAACUCAGGAGACUUUUUUGAUAUAUAUAUUAACUCAUUGCGAUAUUGCUCUUGCUCUGAUAACUUUGCUUUAGAUUGUUCUUGUCUUUUCUUAUGUAAGUUUCCGUUUAGGCAAAUUGAAAUACUUUUUAGACUUCGUCAAGUCAACAAUGCUACUAUUUUUCUUCUGUUCUGCCAUUUUUUCAGUAACAUUGGCAACAUAACAGGCCAAUAUAGCUGGCCAGUAAAUGGGGCUUUCUGCUUGGCUUGUAGCAUGCCCACAGUAUUUAAUGUUACAAAACAGUCUUUCUACAUUAACCCUUUCUGCACUGAUGGAUCACAAGGGCACACUGACGGACCCGGGUCUAGAACCCGACGGACCCGGUGGGUUCGUCUUCUAGUUCGUCUUCUAGUUUCUGUGCUGUGACUUUUCCACAUCUCAAAGCUUUGAAUACAAUUUUAAUUAAUGAACACUGGCUGCCAUAACGGGAUUGGAUCACCUUGACACCUCAAAAACAGCUAAUUAAAAAAAAACAAAAAAAACAGAAGAUUUAUUUUACUGUAUGUUCACAGUGAACAAGGGCAUAUUAACUUAACAUGACUUAUUUGAAAAAGUUUUGCUGGACUGUUUAAAUAGAAUUCCAUUAACGUAAAUUAUUUAUAUACUCAUAAAUAAGCACUUACAGAGAUGCCUGUGAAUGUGUUUGAGAAAACAAGGCCUCAGGCUUCAUAGGUUCUUUUUUGUGCAACAUUUGAGAAGCAAUUUGAUAAAACAAGAAGGAUCUAUCAGUAGUACAGUUGUUUUUAUAUCCCACAGCAGUUAGCCAGGGCUGUGGGAGCGGAUCAGCUACUGAGAACCAGACAGCAGAACUUGCGCAUUUGCCUGGAACUGGGUCGACAUAAAAGAAACAGGCUGGCACGUGCAUACAUUACAUUAACCCACAUUGCCAAACACACUCAGAGAAUAAACAGGGAGACUACUGAAAAUUUAAAUUUCACAUAGAAAAAUAUCUUUUCUUAACUGUAAACACAUAUACCAAAGUAAAAAUUAAAUUGAAUUGCUUCAGACUGGAGUCAAACUUAAAAUUGGUAAAGGUUGGCAGUUAUUCAGCUUUAAUUUUGUGUUUCUGGUGACUACACAUGUGAAUUACCAUCUUAUUACUCAGGCAAACAGCUUAUUCUGAGAUGUGAUCGUAGGCUGAACUCAUAAUGAGAAAAUGAAAGUAAAACACACUUUUUUUUUUGCACAGUUCACUGAAAACAGCAGUUAAAUUCUUCUGAACAUCACAAGCUGAGAGCCUAUUUCAUAAAGAGAGAUUAUUUUGAGUUUUGCAAUUUCUAACACUUUAUACUGAGCCGGCAAUAGCUUGACUAGAAGAAGGAGUGGAAGCCUCUUUCAGCCCAUUAUCUCCCCUCUCCACUCUGCAGCUUCACACUCUUCAGCAAUAUUAUGUUAUAAUUCUCACCCGUGCGCCUUACUUUCCUGUGCUCCAUAGUAGAGAUUCCUUCUCUCCCCUGUGACAGUUUCAGCUGCAGCAAUUCCUACUCACUCACGGUGAGUGAGUGAGAAUGAGUCCCAGGCCUGGAUUCAUUUGAAAGGGUGAAAUUGUAUCCCCUCUUUCUCCUGUGGAUUACUUCCACGGGAGAAAUGAUAGAAGCAGGCACCAGGUUCAACAAAUCAAAUACAGAACUCUACAUCUGAACUCUGUUAUUUCUGAUCUGCAAUUUUUGUAAAGCUCUGUUCUCUAGAUGCCCACUUCAGCAGCUGAUUUCUGAUUUUUCUUUGAGUAGUAAUAUGGGGCAAUAGUUUACUGAAGUAAAAAGUCAAGAUUUUACCAAUAUUGUGAAACAAAAGUUGUAUUAUUGAUUGCCAUGGUUAGCAUAGCUAGCAGUGGAGCAAUUUCCAUGUGUAUUGCUAAAGAAUGUUAGAUCCCUUAGCUUUUCACAACACUGCUAAUCCAGUAUGUUGCAUGACAGAUGGAGAUUGAAAACUCUUAAGGAUAAAAUGGAGAAACUUUGCUGUAGUCCUUUUGGCCUUCCUGUUACCGGAUGAAAAUCUUGUUCUCUCCAAAAAAUCAUUGAAUCUCAAAACAUGCCUUAACAUGUCAAAGAAACAGUUUUUUAAUAGCUUUCCAAACAGAAUUCUAGAUGCAGCCGUAUUGUUUCAGUCCUCCGGUUCACUUUAACAUGUCACCUUGGUGGAAUCAACUCUCAGAAUUAGGUUGCCUACAUUCCUCUGUUCAGUGCAACUUGUUUUCCUCAAGCAGAAUAAACUGACAUAGCGGCUUUUAUUUUUUAAAUUUCAUGCAUGCAAAACUGUAUUUACAAAGAUACGCAUAAAUCCUCCAGGAAUCCGAGUAGACAUUCAUGCAGGCUUCAGAAGAAACAGUUAUGCAUAAAAUCAUCAUUUGUGCUCUGGUGGCAGAUGAGCACGAUGCACUUGCUGUCUGAUUUACACAUUCUGUGCACAAUGUGGCCUAUUUUUGUAAACUGGCAGCCAAAGCUUAUAAAAGUGGUGUGCAUCCACAAAGUCACCCACCUUCUCCCUUCGUUCCCUCCUUUCUGUUCAAACUUCUCAUUGUCCCUUCAAGGCCACUCGCUUCUCAAACAGCAGUCUACUUCUCUUUCAUAUUUUCCUUUUAAAUGUGCUGACACGUUCAGCACAUUUAACUCACCAGGCUUUGUGAUCCGAGGCGGAUGUAGAUGAAUGAAAGAAGCCGGCGAGGUCACAGCGCUGUGAAAAAUACAAAGCGGAGAAAUAAAUCAUUAAGCGAAAAGAUAAAAUAUGAUGGCGACAACUUGGAGGUGAAAGAAACAGACAUUAACGUUGCAGAACCUGUGAAGGUUGGGUUGUUUGGAUGAGCUGACUCUCAUCCAUAUGAUGUCACAUAUACCAUCUUUUCACUCUUUAGUCAUCCAUCCAUCCAUUGUCUGCACCUGCUUAGGUGUCUUCCUCAAAUGUUCAUUAGGCGAGUAUUUUAGCCAAUCAUAUCCAAUUUCCAUUGAGUUGCAUGCUCUGUCCGUCAUCCAUGUCACUCAUUUCUUGUAUUGGGCGAUUUAUCAUUAAUUAAUUUGUGUGUUUGUGUGAGAAAGAAAGAGAGAAAGAAACUGUGAAAUGAAGAAGAAAUUAUCCAUUAAACCUUGUAACUUUUUCUUAUUCAUCCAUAUGACAGUUUUUUGUUUCAUUUGUUUUUUCUUGUUGUAUUGUAUUUCCCGUUACUUUUUGUGUUAUUGUCAUUAAGUAGUCUGUUUUUUCUUAAUGUGACUGGCUGCACCACAUGAGGCUGUGUCAUUAGUUUCUAAACCUGUAGAUUUGUUUUGGGGUUGUUUUUUUUUUUAAGUUUUAUUAACCAAAUAAAUUAUUUAAAUGGUUUUAAAAUGUGUAAUAUUCAAUGCUCCUUAAGAUAACUGUGUUGCAAAGAGAUGCAGAACAUUUUCAUGCAUACCUUUUUCUGGGAUAAAUUACAUUUAUGAUACGACAACUGUCAUGUGAGGCUGCCAGCCCUUCUUGGCUCAUUUGUUCCUGUUUUGUGUUUCCUUUUUUUCUGAAUGUAUUCAUUUUCAUUUGUUUGAGUCAUUAAAUUUGUUGUUCCAUUUUCA